AUGGGGUACAUUAUCUUAGGAUACUCAAGUGUGAUCGUGCAAAACCGUGCCGUCCAUGGGCCUCAUCUACUGCAGCCACAGGUCUCUAAUGACACCAAGCAAGAUACUAUUGCUGCUGCCUUAGAGUGGCAGCGGAAGCUGGAGGCCGCUGAGGCACUGUUGGCUCUGAGAAACUCUCCUCUGCCUCCUCCUGUUUCUGCCUCUCCACGACAGCGGGGCAACAUGCCAAAUAGCUAUCUUCCUGGACGUCGACCACGAGGUUCUGCUGGAGAGAGGGGGCUGCAGCUUCGUAGUCCCUACCUGCCACCACGGUCUGCCAACUCCAUCUCUUUGACUGGAAGUCUGGAGUGCAUGCCCUUCUUCACCUAA